UGAAAAAAAAAAAGUUGUGGGUUGUAAUUUGAAAAGUCGUCGGUCGGGAGCUAGAGAAAGCAGAGGCAGAUCCAUGGCUGAAGGACCCAUCGCACUCGCCGCUCCCUCGUCUUCAUCUUCAACUGCUCAUUGUGUUAAUGGUAAAGUGCCGCCACGAAAAAAUGGACUCACUAAUGGAUGUUCCAUGAGUAUGCCAGAUCUAAAAAAUGGUUUCAAUCAAGAAAGUAGCAGUAAGAAAUCAACUCAAGAUAUUGUCCCUAAAAAUAAACCAAAAGAAAUAGGAACAAACCAAAAUGAAGAUAACAAGCAAGAUGGUGGAACUAUUACAGAAAUUGAGACAGUUCAAAAUGAAGUUAAUUCUUCUCCCACUGCCCCUCAAGGAGAAGUGCUUGUUACUUCUGCAACCCAAUUACUUGCAGCUGUAGAACCAAGUGGAACUAUUAUAAAGAUAGAAAUUGUGAAGAGCAUAUUAUAUGGUGGCUUAACUGAAUUGAUUGCAAGCUUAGGGGUUGUAACAUCUGCAGCAAGUACCAAAACUACUACUGGAAAAGUUGUAGCUCUUUCACUGGCAAGCCUGAUUACUGGAUUGUUUGUCAUGACUUAUAAAAUAUCAGAUCUUUGGAUGAACAAGCAACAAACUGGAUCGCAUGAAUCAAAUGACGAAAAUGAUGAACAGUAUGAAGAAUUAUUUGGAGAUCGAAAAAAUUAUCGUCUCCAUUUCACAACGGCUAUGUUAUCAUUCGUAUCUUUUGGCUUGGUACCUCCUCUUGUUUAUGGCUUCACGUUUCGCAACCCUGAGGACAAAAAUCUCAAGAUCCCAACAGUUACAAUAGCUGCUGUUUUAUGCAUUGCAUUACUUGGUGCGAUUAAAGCUUACAUUGGGAGACAAAACAACUGUGUUGGAUAUAUCAAUACCAUUGGCAAAUGUAUUGUUGAUGCAACAGGCACGGCAAUUCUUACAACUAUUGGAGGUGACAUAAUUGGAAAUUACAUUGACCAACUUGGUUGGUUUGAACCAAAUAAAAUACCAACCUUGUUCCUCCCCAGCAUGAGUUUUCACAAUCGUACCCGUGGAGCCUUUCGAGAACUAUCGAAUUUAAUUUUUUUCUAGUACUUCUUCUUUUUCUUGUAAUGAGAACUAUUCUCAGUGGUAUAAAGUUAAAAUAUGUAUAUUUCUUAGUACUAGAAAUUAUUCCCAAGGGCACAUGAAAUGUUUUGUUUCGUACCAAUACGAUUGAUUGAGUCUAGAACAUUGUACACUCUUACGUAUUCUUGGGAAAGUUAAGUAUUGGGUUGAAUGUUUUACAUUCAUUAGAACAAAAAA